AUGGCGCAAAACAUCGAUUUUACAGCGCUGCGGGCGCGUACGAUGGGCUCUGGCAACGAUGAGGAGGCUGUCACGGUUGAUACAAGAGGUCUCAUCUCCAAGGUCCUAGCGCGUUACUCGGGAAAAUGGUAUCUGACCAUCAAAUUUGAGACCUUGCCUUCGACGGCCGUUCCCUUGCCUUCAUCUGCAGAUGCCACGACAUUGAUCAAGCAUACGAUCUCGCACCACACGCUCAAGCGCCUUCUCAUAUCAAACAAUGGUCUCCCCUUCAGUGAAAAGGACUGGUCCAGAUUAAAACGGAUCGCAGAUGGCAAUCCAGACGAAACCAAGAUUGGUGCUUUUGGCGUUGGUUUUUACAGUGUCUUUGAUGACUGCGAAGAGCCAUUCGUAUCUUCGGGCAAGGAUGCCAUGGCCUUCUAUUGGAAAGGAAAUGCGCUCUUUACUCGUCGGUUACAGUUGAACGAAGCCGCAAAUCCUGAGACCACAUUUGUUUUAGAUUAUCGGAAUGAUUCUUCGCCUGUGCCCUCCCUGAUGGAACUAUGCAAGUUCUUGUCCAGCAGUCUUACAUUUGUUGGCCUCGAGUGUAUAGAACUCUGGCUCGACGAUUGGAAUGUCCUUCGACUGAAGAAAAAGGCAGCCCCAAGCGUCAAUCUCACAAUUCCGAGAGACAUUGAAACUCGAACACCUCAAGGUUUGAUGAAAGUAUCUACCGUUUCACGUGAGGUUGCCCAGGUUGAUGCUGCCUGGAUGCCAGUUGUGGAAUGGAAUCCCAAUGCAAGUAUACUUCGUGAGGGGUUGAGAGACACUGCAGGCUCCUUGCGUACGUUCUUCUCCAGGCUUACAGGUCAGAAUGCGCCGGAAAAGCCUGCCAAAGUCGAGAAGCCAACGGUCAAUGGUGACACCGAGGAUUUAACGCAGCUUUCAACUGCUUCCGUCUUCUUACAUAUAAGCACUGCCAACAUUCAAUGUUCUGUGAGCCACUCUCUCAGCAGUGAACUCGAACGUGCUACGCGAAAACCGCCACCUAAAAAGUCUACGAUAGCCAUAUUGACACCCUCGUAUGAUACGACGCUGGCAUCUGGGAUGUCAGGGUCGCACUCGGAAAUACUCUCCUCUAUUCUCCCCUCGAAAGCUGGGAGGAUCUUCAUUGGGUUUCCCACACAUCAGACAACGGGCCUGAAUGCGCAUAUAUCGGCGCCCUCCGUAAUCCCAACGGUGGAACGAGAGAGCAUUGAUCUCAAUACUCGCUAUAUCAGCAAAUGGAACUUUGAGAUGCUAAGGGCUGCGGGUAUCGUCUGCCGCAUCGCUUGGACGGCAGAGAUGGCAUCGGUGAAGUCCAAGUUAGCUCCAAAGGGGUCAAAAAUUCGCAAGAACGACAUAGUUGAUGUUCUGCCUGAAGCAAUCCACACGGCAAACCAAUUUGUUUUUCGCGAAUCGACCCCAUCAUCGCUUCUGGGGCAGACUAUUGAAGACGCAUUCUGGACCUGUAAUACCAACGCGUCUAUCGAGGUGUUGUCAACAUGUGGUGUUAUUCAGAGCCACCAGGCUCGUAUUGCCCCGAAGGAUCUCAGCUUUAUGGACUCCAUUCCUGUUCUGCCCGACGAAUUUGUUACAGGCGCGAAGGAAUUCGUCAGAAAGCUGACAGAUUUUGGACUUGUCACUGAUGUUACCGUCUCCGAUAUCAAGAGAGAAUUAGAGGCAUCUACCUUGCGCCCUGCCCAAGUUGUGGAAUUUCUCUCCUGGCUGGGCCGAAGAGCAGUUUCUGGACAACUUGACCAGAUGUCAGUCCAGAACCUGCUCAAUGUUGCGGUGGCAAACGACGAAGAUGAUAACGGUAACACUACUCGAUUAAUUGUUUUCGGAGACAUAAACGCAUUCCUCAAUCCCCAGAAGAUCCCUGUGACCUUGCCCUUGUCGCCGAACGUCAUGCCAUUCAGGUACACAAAGACCUUAGGCAAACAAGAAGUUGAAGCACUGGGUUGGGUGGAGCUGCAGAUAGUUCCUUGGCUUCGCUGGCUUGUCUCCAACGCUGGAAAUCGUAAUGCCUUAUCUGUGGAGCAAGAUCUGACAAGAACAUCCUCGUUUGCCGCUCAAGUCCUGCCUGUCCUUUCCAAACAGUGGGACGCACUAAGUCCAUCAGCGAAGCAGGCAGUGAUUGAUCUCUUACAGCCCAAUACAGUCAUUCCAACUAAACUCGGCAUGAAGCGUCCUGGUGAAACCUACUUCUCGUCUGUUCGGUUAUUUGAUGACCUUCCCGUUGUCCAUGGUCUCAACAGUGUUAAAGAGAAGUUUUUGGCGGCUCUCGGUGUGCGCAAAACAGUCGAGCUAGGGGUCAUUUUUGACCGGCUUCUCAACACAGCGGAUACGUCUGAUGAAACCAAUGGUGGAUCGAAGAAAUGGAGUCACGUCGAUCUCAUACGCUAUCUGGCAUCUGUCAGCGAAGACAUCCCCUCAGCUGACAUCAAGAGACUCAAGGACACUAGUAUAUGCACUGCCGAAGCGAGAGGUGACCAUGGAGACUCAAAAACGACCAAGCGCAAACGCUACAAAAUAUUCGAGCUGUUCGAGCCGAAGGACUCUCUUAGGGUUCUUGGACUUCCUAUCAUUGAAUGGCCCGGGAUGUACCAGCCCAACAGUAAGGAGGGUAAAUUCCUCACUAUGCUAGGCUUGCGGAGUUUUCCGUCGGCUCCGGAGUUGAUCAAGAUUAUGGCACAAGCUGGCAAGGAACAUAACUCGACUCUUUACAGAAAAGCUAUGUCGUACUACAUUGCGGAGUAUCACAACAAUGGUUAUUCUGCAUUCGCGUGCGAUGCGGUCACUACACCGUUCCUACCCCUCGAAGGCUCAGAUAAGUUGAGCAUUCCGAGCAAGUGUUUCACCGAAGAAGGGGCUGGGCUAUUCGGUUUCGAGAUCCUCAGACGGGAUCUUCAUGCUCAUGCGUCUAAAUUUGGCGUCAAGCAACACCCAAUGAUGGCACAUUGUCUCAAUCAUUUGAUCCGCCAGCCUCCGACCUCCACACGCGAUGCCAAAGUUCUCUUCAAGUAUUUAGCGGGAAGAGUUGCAGAGCUUCGGCCUCAGGAUAAAGAACAGGUGAGCAAGGCAGCCAUUGUGCCCAUAUCGACGAAUAAGGGCUCGGGCGUGCGUCACGUACCUCCCAAACUGUGCUACCUUGGCGAUGGAGAAGAUUACAAAGACAUAUUUGACUUCGUUGACUUUGGUCAAGAAGCAAAUCUCUUUCUCGUGGCAGUCGGUUCCAAACCCGAACCUACAAAGACCGAGCUUGCCUACAUGCUAGUGAAAGAACCAGCAAGAAUUUCUGCAACAUUCCAAAGCGCUGAGAAGUAUCUCAAAUUGCUUAGGACUCUGGCCGAACACCUCCCGGUCCUCAGGAGGGAUCGCGCUCUAUACGAGGAAAUGAAAAAGUCUGCUUUCUUGAUGGCCAGCAGAGAUAUUGCUUCUCUAAAUCAGAAAGAACACAAGGAAGAGAAUCUUCUGGACUCCGACGAUGAAGAGGAACAUAAUAUCAAGGAAUGGACUUUGACUUCAGCAAGAGACGUGGUCGUGGUGGAUGAUUUCCAGAGCUUCAGUCUCUUUAGGGAGCAUAUACUCGCUGCGCCGCAAGAAGAGGCCCUGGAAGACUUCUACAUUGCUUUAGGCGCCGUCCCGUUGAGUAGCCUAGUUGAGGAGCGCGCCCAUUGGGGUGCAGUCGCUUCUGACCAGAACUCCGCGAUCAAACUGCACAAGCUCAUCAACGAACGAUCGAAACUUUUCCUUCACGAUCAGUCUCCGGAUUCUGUCAGACAUGACGCUCGUUGGCUGGAGAAACACCUCCAGGUGCAAGUGGUGCAUUCGAUUUCCCUAACACGAUCCCUGAGAGGCCGCCGUGUAUCUCAAACCCAGAAGAGAAGUGCGAUUAUCACACAGCAAACAAGGGGCUGGAUGUUAUGGAUUUGCCCUGGCAAAUACAAUUUGUACGAGAUAAGUCAGGCUCUCGUGCAUCUUGUUCUUGUUCGGCCCAAACUCCACUCGACCCUCACGCUAGAGAUGUUGUUGAAGACCGAUCUAUUGGAACUCAAAGCCCGGGGAUACAACGUGGAACGGAUCCUCAAGCAAAAGGCGCAUGAAGCGAGGAUGGCCGAGGAUAGACGCCAAAAGCAAUUGGAGGAAGAGCGGCAACGGCUUCAAGAAAGAGAAGCUGCAUGGGCACGGGAACGAGAGGUUCAGGCUCAGGCUCAAGCCCAGGCCCAGGCCCAGGCACAAACACAGGACCGAAUUCAAUUGGUCGAAGACCGACAGCAGACAUUGAUGCCAGGCGACUUUCCCGACUCUCCUUCCAGCAAAGAUCGUAGCUCCAUCCAGCCACCCGCCGAGCCAGAACAGGGCGAAGACCGACGUUCACGGGGCUUUUUCCAGAACUUGACAAGGCGCUUUGGACUUGAGGGAAAUCGGUCCAGUUGGAAUCCUAUCAAUGGAGAGUCAUCGCAAGAUGCUACUACUUCAACCACCUCGACUCCUCCACCUCCUUAUUCGGUUGAGGAUCCGAAAAAAACCCGUCCGGAGGCGCCAGUGAACGUCACGCCCCCGCAUAAGCUACAGAGAGAGCUAUUGUCCGCUGUACAAGCCUGUCGACCUCAUGGAUCUUCUGAUGUCUACAGUCGUCCGGAAACCACUCAGGUCAACGAGUCAAAAUCUUAUUGUGACGAGAAACCCAGUCAUGACUUGGAAUUUGUGGCAACUCUGGCAUGCGGCAUCAACGUUCUCUUUGUGAGGACCGUCUCCGACCGGUUCGGGUUUCUGGCUCAGCAUAGUUCAGGCAUCAAUGUAUUCGCGUCCAUGCUGAUUGAGUGCGCUGGCGUGUUUUCUCUGCGUCCGGAUAGCCUCAGUAUUUUCUACGACCCAGGUGGGAAAACCAUCGCCUUCAACCGGGCCGGAAGCCUUUUCUGCAAUUACUUUUACUUUCAAACGCUUCAUGAAAAGAGCGUACUCCAGAGCUCCAACGCUGACCGAAGUGAAGCUUUGAUAUACUGGUGGGUUAUUCUUUGUCACGAAUUAGCGCAUAACUUGGUGGGAGACCAUAGCUCUGCUCACAGUUACUACACUGAGAGCUUCGUUGCGCAGUACUUCCCCAAGAUCAUGGCCAAACUUGCGACGGCCGGUGAACAAUCCCUGGUUCAACCAAGUGCUUAA